AUGACCUUGACGGUUCUCUCAGAUGACCAGGUCAGGGAUAUCCUAGAAACCCUGAGUCUGGAUGAGCUGGAGGAUUUUAGAAAGACCUUGGCCGACGCACUUCAUGCCUUUUCAACGGACCUGGGUACCGACGGCUUAGGCAUAUUCCAGCAGCCGCAUCGUGUCUCGACGUUGCAUCCUGAUACUCAGGCCACGACUCUGUAUAUGCCAUCAUGCGGCCCCUCUGGCAUGGGCUGUAAAGUGGUGUCUCUCACUGCUGCCGAGGCAACCAAGGACCCCAAUGUCCAGAAAAUCAGUCCAACAGGAGUCGUCAACCUGUUCUCACCAGAUGGCAAGCCCAUUGGCCUUGUUCACGCCAGUACGCUCACUGCUUUCCGCACAGCAUUGGCCUCGCUAUGUCUCGUCUAUCGCCGCAACCACGUCAAGACAAUCACCGUCUUUGGCAGCGGCAUGCAGGCAUACUGGCAUGUCCGCCUGGCCCUGAUGAUGAGGGGGAGCACAGUCAAGCACGUCAACAUCAUCAAUCACCGCUUCUCGGACAGCGCUGGCCGCAUUCUGAAAAAGUUUACGAUUAUUCCGCACGAGGUCAAGUUCAACCGCCUACAGAAGGAGUAUAUCCGCGCUGCCGACAUCAUUUACUGCUGCACUCCAUCUCAGGAGGAUCUUUUCGAAGCCUCCAUCCUCACAAACCAUGAAGGCAGAAAAAAGGGCAGGCUCAUUGUCGCAGUAGGAAGCUAUACGCCCGAGAUGAGAGAGUUGCCCGAGGGUCUUCUCCAGCUCGUCACGAAGCCCCGUGAAAAGGGCCAUAGGCAUUUUCACAAGCAUGCCGACGAAGGCGGCGUCAUCGUGGUAGACACAUUAGAUGGAGCGUUAACGGAAGCCGGAGAGAUUAUCCAUGCAAAGAUCCCACCCACCCAACUCGUUGAGCUUGGCGAGCUUGUAAUGCUUCACCGAAUGGCCGUUGACGAGUCAGAGUCCGAAGCCUCCGAUGUCAUGUCACAGACUUCCUCUUUCUCAGAGCUGGACCUCUCAGACAGGACUCAAUCUAUGAGCACAGUUUACAGUGAUCUGCCACCUAGCCCUUCAAGCACAACGUCUUCGGGGCACAAAUCGCCUUUUUCGAAGCACUUCCGGAAAACCUCGAGCAAUCUGUCCGACAAGGACAAGGAGAAGCAAAAGGACGAUGCUCUGUCGCGCUGGCUGCGGGACGGCACUGUUGUUUACAAGAGCGUGGGAGUAGGCUUGAUGGAUCUGGUGGUUGGGACAAAGCUGAUUGAAGUUGCCCAGCAGAAGAACAUUGGCACGCAGAUUGAGGGCUUUUGA